AUGGCAAAUAACGCUCUUGCCCUUGUGGCAACUGCCCUUGCAGAAGCCAGCCCAGGAGGGGUCCCAGGGGACCAACUACAAAGGUUUCGGCGUCCGCACCGGCGACCAGCGCAUCCUCCUCGGUCCGGGCUCCGCCUUGUUCCCCUGUCGCUGCAGUCGCCACCGCAGCCGGUGCAGACGCCGUUACAGGCUCCGGUGACGCCGUCAGCUCCACCGCCAUGGUCGGUUCCUAAGCCACUGGUGGUCCCGUCUCCCCCGGUUGCCGUGCCUGGGGGAUGGGAGGGGGUGAGGCUGAGCCGCCGCCAGAGGCAGCGUCAGGCCCGCCAGGCUCAGCAGCAGCCGUCGUCUCAGUCGCCUCAGCAGCAACCCCCUCCAGCCCCGCAGCAGCUGCAUCCUCAACCGUCGCGGCCACCUCUGUCUCAGACCCCAUUGCGCCACUUCCCCCUGCCGCCUCGGCCGCAGCCGCCUCGCCCCCCGUCGUCUCCUGUUCCUCCGGCGCCUCCCGAUGUGCAGUUAUUCCCACACGUUCCACGGGAUCCUCAUGUUGCCGCGCAUGUGGCAGCGACUCCUUUCCACGUCGAGCAGCGCGUGAUGCACGUGGGAACGUGUUUGACGUUGCUGUCCUACGUGCUGGACCAACUGCAUGUGUGUCUGGCGCGGCAUGGUGUGGAGGUUGGGGGGAUGUUGCCGUCGGAGCAGUCAGCGGCAGUGUCUGCCGCAAGGGAGAUGCUGCAUUAUCUCCCCCUGAUCGGGCUUGUCCAGGGCGCCCCUGGUGCUGCGCUCGGGCCCGGCCCUAGGGCAAUGCUGCGGCUUGCUGAGUCUGCGCAGGGGGCCCCUCUUGGUCUUGUAUCAGCCGCCGCAUCCGUCCUACGCUGGAUGGACGGGAGGCUGUGCUGGAUACUCUCCGAGUAG